AUUCUAAAUAUGCGGCGAUGUUAUGGUGGAGCACACUUUUUAUUGCAUGGCAAUUAAUUGAUUGCAAAUGUCCUGAAAAAUGCAUUUGCAAGAAUAAUACGGAGACGACCUGGAGUUUGCGAGCAAAAUGUGGUGGCGCCGAAGAACGUUUAAGCAAUUUUCAGCUGUUGGAUUUCGAAGAAGAUUCUGCCAAUGUAGUAGUUUUGGACUUAAAAAAAAAUGGCUUUGCUUCCAUCGAUAAAGACUAUUUCCGUAAUUUUACUGAACUAAAACGCCUAGAUUUAUCGAGUAAUUUUUUGAAAGAUAUAAACAAAAAUACAUUUAGUGAAAUACUUAGCAGUGUGGAACGCUUACUAUUGUCCAAUAAUACUAUUAGUCAUAUAUUUCCAGGAUCUUUCGAUUCGUUGAUAGAUCUUAAGCAGUUAGAUAUAUCCAAUAAUCCAUUGGUCUGUAAUUGUGACCUCAUUUGGUUGUUGGGAUGGUCGAAUUCGAAAUUGAUAAGGUUGUUGCCGCCUCCUAAAUGUGAGUCUCCCGAAUAUUUUAAAGGCAAUCAAUUGAAAAAGUUAAAGGUUGGUUUCGAUUUGCACUGCGAGACACCGCUACAGCCGUUAUUGGAAUUGUUACCUAAACAAAAUCAAGUUGUUUUUGAAGGCGAUGAAUUGCUAUUAAAAUGCCGGGCUCCUCGCGUAGCCUUUGGUGGGCAUCGCGAUUCUGAAGAUUUACCCAGCCGUGCAAAUGUGUUUUGGGGUUGGUCUGAUAAAAUUUUAUCUCAGAAUUCCACGGAAGACAUCAAUUUCCGUGAUCCUAGCAAAGUAUUUAGUGAUGUACAUUUGGAAAGCAAACACACUCCCGAUUCAGGUAUUUUGGAUUCCAUCUUGCGUAUUGCUACAGUGCGACGUAAUCACACUGGCACCUUCGACUGCACACUACGAUCGCCACAGGCCAAUCUUUCCCAUGCCAUAGCAGUUAUAGUAAUUGCUAAGAACACACAAUACUGCCAAGCAGUAAAUAUAAGAAGCAAUAAAGGAAACUAUCACUGGCCUCAGACGGUGCGUGGCCAAACGGUCGAACAGGUGUGUGUAGAAGAUUCAGAUACCGGCGUUAUGGCUACCUAUCAUUGCGAUGAACGCGGUUUAUGGGUGAAUUUGAAUACUGAAAUGUGCGCUUUUGUCAGCCCUAUUACACGCUUACUCGAGCAAUUUGCCAAAAUGAAUUUGACUUUGAAUAAGGCCAACGUAUUAGAAAUAGCGCGUAGUCUUCAUAACUUUACCCAUAUACCUGCUAAUUUACGCCGCAUACGUGACCCCAUUGAUUUGGAAUUUUUAGCUCGUACUUUGGUUAAAUAUUUGGACUUUAUUACAUACCAAAACGAAUUAGCUCGUCUUCUACUGGAUAUAGUUUCUCAAUUGUUAUUAUUACCAAGUCAGACAUUUUAUGAAGCUCAGCGUUCAUAUCAAAGUGGUUUAAAACUGUUGGCUUGUGUUGAAAAAGCUUCGGUUCAGACUUCUAUGACUUCACCAACGCACGAUGAUAUGGAGUUUAAUAAUCAUCUUAUGAUGAUGCCACGAAGUUUUUUUAUAGAUUACUUUAGCAUUUCUUCAGAAUCUUUCACGGGUAUUUCUUGCGUAUGGCUACGAAGUGCAGCGUCAACUGCAAAUGACUUCUCGUGGGGUGCAACCAGUAGUUCGACUUUCGAAUGCAGUACUGCUAAUGAUACUUUUCCUACCUUUGAGCGAUAUACAGAUGCCGCAAUACAAGUGCCAGUAAGCUUAUUGUUCAAGGAUAAAACCGAGGCUUCCGUUAUACAACUAAUGGUAGCUGUGUUCCGUAACGCCAAUCUGUUGCCUCAUUUAAAUGGAAACGGAUCGAUAGAAUUGACUUCUGCCGUAAUUGCUGCCAAAAUUAUCGAUGAUGAAAAUUUCUCCAAAAUAGAAGAAUUGGAAAAUAAUCAAAUUACCAUAAUUUUAAGAGUACAUCCCUUUCAUGAUGAUUUGGGUUCACCGCAGCCAGCUUGGUGGGAUCCUGAACGUAAAGAAUGGAAAUUGGAUGCAUGUCAGCAAUUAUAUAUGCAUCGCGGCCUGCUGAUGUUUUCAUGUAAACGUCUUGGCUAUUACGGUCUUUUACAACGCACCGCCUAUCUUAAUGAUUUUGCAAGUGACGAUGCAGGAAAACGUUUCCAUUUUUCUCCUACUGCUAUUUACGUAGGAGCUAUUGCUUUGUUUCUAUGCCUGGCUGUGAAUAUUGUUACUUUUUUGGUGUUUGGCCGAGCUAUACGCAUUAAUCGUCAACAGCGUCACACGUUUAUCAAUACUUGGUUAGCCUUAGCUUUUUUAAGCAUAACUUUUUCGUUGGGAGUCUUUCAAACUGAACGACGCGACAUAUGCCGUCUAUUAGGCUUACUUAUGCAUUAUUUAAGCUUAUGCGUUUUAUUAUGGUUGUGCGUCAGCUUGAGUACUAUGUACAAACGCCUAUCGAAACAUCAUCGGGGAGUGACUGAAUCGGAAUUGCCGAAAGAGGCUCGCUUGAAGAAACCGGUCAUGGGCAUUUACUUGGUGGGGUGGGGUAUUGCCAUGAUUAUCUGCGGCAUUAGUGGAGCUGUUAAUAUCAAUGAGUAUGCUGCUUAUUCAUUUUGUUUUUUACAUAACGCCUCUGCCAUGAAUGCUAUGCUGGUCCCUGGUGGCAUACUACUAAUAUUUGUAUGCAUUUUGUUCCUAACUAUUUAUUACCAGUUAACACAAAGAAUGGGUACUCUAGGCAUAAUGCAAAAUCAUCCGCAGUUCUCCGACAACAAUACUCAGGCCACAGAAAAUAUUGAUAUGGAUUGGUUAGACUCUAAUCAUAGUCAAACGAAUCGCCGUUCGGUUACGAACAAUCACGUUCCUUCAGCUGCUAAUAAGAAAACAAAUAUGGAUCGUUAUACUAGUCUGACGUUAAGCAACGCUGUCAGCAGCAUAGUGGAUGAUUGCGAGCGUUCGAAUAUGGCUCAUUUAAGAGCGCACUUUGUAUUUUUGGUUUUAUUUGUUACUGCUUGGCUAUCGGCGGUGGCGUUUGUCAUGCAUACCGCCGAAGGCGAUGAUCUCGGCCAUAUGUACGCUGUCAUUUUCGCAAUAUCAUGCUGCCUGUUGGGUUUAUUUAUGUUGCUGUUUUAUACCUUAACACGAAAUGAUACCCGAUUUCAAUGGAGUUACAGCAGAUGCUGUUUAAUGAUGGACGGUGCGCGAACUUACGCGGACAGCUCUUGCAAUGAAGCAGUGGCACCCUUAGCAAAUUCAAUUUUGGCUUAUAAAGCAUCGUAUGAAGGCGCAGCCACGAUGGCGACUGCUAACAAUUCGGGCAAUUCGCGUUCAAAUUCACAAUGCUCUAAACAUCGCACUGGUAGCAUACGCAGUGGUGGUGACGGCAACGCUGCCACUCAACAUUUAUUGGCAAAUAGUGCAACGCCAUUGAAUAUAACAUCUCCACCAAUACCCAUCAUCAAUAAUCAACAUUUAAAUUUGAGUUUAACACACGAUAUUCCCAGUGCUGAGAUCUUUUACAAUCCAAAUCAGAUAAAUGUUGCGAGGAAAUUCUUCAAAAAACAAAAGCGGUUAGCAAAACGCAAUAACUUUGAAUUGCAGCGGCAAAUGGAUAGGCCGGAUUGUGGAGUGGGCGGCAAUGCAGCGAUACCUGAUAAUACCAGUGAUGUUUCUUCGACCAACGGCAGCGGUCAUUAUUAUUCUCGACGUCAUAAUGCCAUGACAAUGAAAUUGUUAAGCAGCGGCGUGGGUAAAGUUAACAAUACAAACAUCAAUUAUAAACCUGAAUACAAUGUUAGUUAUAAAAAUCAUCAUCAGGUGUCUACGGUAGCGGUAUUAGACAGUGAUGAAAUUGAAUUAAAUAGUACGUCUCCGUCUGACCAUACUGUACGGAAACGGGCUAAUAUUCUAUCUAUGAACAUUUACACAAAUAUACCCGAAACUGUGGAGCCACAGCUUGAGGUACAUAAGGUUAGAGGAAGCAAUAUGAGUGCUGGAGCAGGAGGUGGCGGUGGACGCUCUUUGAAAACUUUAGAAGAACAUCAAGAGGAAUUUGAAGAACUUGAAAGCAGUUCACACGAAGAAAAUGUUCCAUUAUAUGAGAACACAAAAGGGUCAGUUAAAGUAAAUAAUUUGUUUAGUAAUUCGUUCGUAAACUCCUGUGUGGAGCUUAUGACGUCGACGUCUACAUCAAAAAAGAUCAAUACUACCCCCGAACAUGAGCCCCGAUCACCAUUGCUAUUGGAUCACGACGAUAAAGAAGCUAUGAAUAGUUUGGGACUUCCGGCGGCUGCAUCAACUGUUGCAAACUCAUUAUUUUUAACAGAAGAUGAAUGCGAAAAAGUUGAAUUAGAGGAGGAAGGAGAACGGGAGCCUGCUUUACAACGUAACGAAAUUUAUGUGUCCAAUUCACUGCAAAUAACUACUCAAGUGCAAUUAGUGGAUGAUUUUCCCGGAGUUUUGAUACGGUGCACACAACAAAAACAGUCGAAAUCCUUAAAUAACUUGGAUGAUAUUUUUAGUAAUCACAGAAAAGUCCUACCCAUUGCAAAUACAAAUGCUCAAAUUAAUGAAGUCUGUGGUUCCCACAGUAACCUUUUACUACCACCGAGUUCAAAUGGUGUAUGGAAAAAAUGCCCUUCUUUAAAUGAAGCGCUCAGUAAAAGUGCCAGCGAAAAGCAUUUAUCAACUUGCUCUUCUGCAACAUCACACAAACACCUAUCACCUGCUUCAGAACCACGCACGGAGGGCAAUAAUGGCGAUAUUGGCCUGUAUCAUUUAACAGGCGCUUGUACUCGAUCAGUUAGCCCCGCUAAUGAAAGUGAUUUAAAUUAUCAAAAUUCAGAAAUAAGUAUACGUAGCCAUGGCCUUUAUGCUCCGCAAGCGGAUAAUGACUUAACAUUAAUUGACGAUUUUCGUUAUCAAUCAUCAAAUGCCAGCGAAGCUGAACUGGGACUUAAUGAUUUUGAUGAUGAAUUCUCAGUAUUUGGAGGACAUGAUUUUCGCAGUGAACACCGUGAUAGCAGCAGCCGAAAUCUAAGCAUAAAUGCCACCUCUAUAGAUGAACUAUAUGAAGCCAUUAAACGUGGUAGUCCUACUUUAAACAGCGACAAUGAUUUGCAAUUGCGUUGCUGCGGUGAUAAUGCCUCCUCGACCAGUUUGUUCUUAAAUUCUGAUCAACUUGUAGUGCCUAAGAACACAAAGACUGAAAAUGACAAUUUAUCACCGCAAGGCAAUUCAUCACCUUCAAUAUCCUCCUUCCUACCAUGUACCUCUUCCACUGUUACAUCAAUCGUCACUGUGUCAAAAAGUUUACGUGACAACCUCAUCGAAGAUGAUAGCAGUCAGAGUAGUGUUAUUUCUUAUAUAGAUCCGAAAGUAGCUAAGGUUACUUCUAGCUAAGUAAUAUCCUAUAUAUAUAUAUAUAUUUUAUCAUUAUAUUUAUUAUAUUUUGAUAGCAAUUGAGCAAAAUAGAAACAAGCGUUUUCCCUAAUAACUGCAACGUAAAAAAAAAAAAAA